CACGCUGCUUCAACGAGACCAUCCACCACCCUCUCCACAAACAAACUCCCACAAUGCUCACACGAAGUGCGCUGUGUCCGGCCCGGGCUUUCGCCAACCGCUUCCCGCCCUCGAUACUUGCGCCUUGCUCGCCAGCGGCCGCUUCCUUCUCGACAUGCAUGCGACAACGGACUAAGCUAUCGCAACCACAAAACUCGCUCCACAAUACCUCCCCGCGCACCUUGACCGCCAGGGUAGUAAUACGCAAUGCUUCUUCAACGCCACAGCCAGCAGCGCCCGUCUCUGCACCUAGCUCGCAAGCCCAACUCACUUGGAAUGACUUCUUCGCACUCCGCCGAACGCGCCGAAGAAUUGGACAGGCAUGCUCGGGUGUCGGCGCAAUUGGAGUGACAUACUACGGCCUCUCUACCAUGAUCACAAAUGGCUACGAUUCGAUGCUCUCUGCCCAGCUGGGCGGUUUCGACCCAUUUAUGCUCAUGGGAUUGAGCACAUUGGGCAUGAUGGCUGUGGGAUGGCUUAUUGGACCUAUCUUCGGCAAUCGCGUCUUCAAUUUGGCAUAUAGGGGCGUGCUGGGCGAGUUUGCUCAGAAGGACUCGGCCUUCUUCAACCGCAUCAAGCGCCAUCGCGUAGACCCCACCGCCUCCUCCCUCGCAAACCCUCCACCAGACUAUUACGGCGAGAAGAUUGGCAGCGUAGCCAGCUACCGACGGUGGCUAAAGGAUCAACGCGCUUUCAAUUUGAAGACGGGUAGAUACCGGGGAGCUAAGGCUUUGUAAGAGCAUUACACAGCGGCGUGUUCUCAGAGGUUCUAGAGUAGCACAGAAAGUGCAUCGGCCAUAUAAAUGGACUGGCCACCAACGAGCAGCAGCUAUCACAACAUUUUAUUUCAUCUGUAACUUUAAAUUAACUGCGUGGACAUCAAUCCAGCACGUGGGCGUAUUCACCGCCGCAUUUCCUACUGUCUAUCAAAUCACCCAAUGGCAUCAUGUGGCUAUUGUAUUUGUAACUGUACUUGAAAACAACAACUCCGCCCUGGC